AUGACUAAAUGUCCCUCGUGGUUGACAGAAAAAUGGACAACUGUUUACAUUGAAACAUUUUUACAUCGUAUACGUGAAGAUUAUUUGGACACUAAACUUCGUCUUAGUAAAGGAAUUAAUGAAAUAAAUUGGUAUAUGGAUCAUGCUCGUUAUAAUGUGGACCCGACGUAUCUUAUCAAAGCUCACACAGCAGAAACUGACUACUAUAAGCUGCUGAAUGAACACUUGGCUUCUGUGAAGGGGACGGAGGCUGACUGGUCAGAUCGAGGAAAGUGGUAUAUUGUACGAAUAAUGUGUACUCAUCCGGCGCUUGAUAGAUUCUCCUUCACUGGAAUGAGUUAUCAACGUGGAACCUUCACCGAAAAUCAGUUUACUGUUGGUUCUCUAAUAAUGAACAAGGUAUUUUUGUCAACGUCAAAAGAUCGCCAGGUGUUGGAACAAGCUGCGGCAGAUGAACAGUCAGCGAUGUACAUCUUCGAAAUUCGAAAACAUGGCUCUGCUAUGGAUAUUGAAUCAAUAUCCGAAUAUCCGCAGGAGAAGGAAAUAUUAAUCCAUCCAUUUUGUGUCUUCAAAGUGGUGAGCAUCAAGUGCAAUUCGAUACAUAAUGAAGUCGAAAUCGAACUUCGACAAAAUAAAGCAGAUAAAAAUUGCUGUAUACAGUGA